UCGCGAGGAUUCACACACCGGACAGCCGUUCUCAAGGCAUUCCAAGAAUGCCUUCAAGAUUUGGCUGCACAGAUGAUGAGAAAUGUGUGGUGUACACAGAUAGUGGGUCGAACAUGGCUGCAGCAGAAGGGAUCCGGAAAUAUUACAAGUGGAUGGCAUGCUCAGACCAUAAAAUCGCGACCGUCUUGACAACGGUAUUCAACAAAACGACAACUACAACGGACGGAGUUCGCUCCGCGCCGUUUUACAAGUAUCAUAAGUAUGCACCACACUUAUUUGAAAUGAUUGACAACUGCAAGAAGUUGGUACGGUAUUUCAAACAAGCGAACUUGCAAAAUUGUUUGAACAAGACACUGAAGCAAAAGAAUGCAACACGAUGGAAUUCAUUGCUGAUUUCCCUGAACAACAUUUUGGACGGUUAUGAUGAUGUCACUACUGUCCUCGCAAGGAUAGCCAACACGAAUCGGCAGGCGAACAAACAAUUUCUCAUCACGAGAAUUGACAAGACGUCGCUUGCAGCUCUGCCACGGUUUUUGAAACGGUUUCAGACUGCCACCCUUGCGUUGGAAAAAUAUCUGGAACCGACAUUGCACCUGGUUGUGUUUGAGCGUAGUGCUCUCUUGGAGUACUGCAAACCGCGUACUGAGCCAUACUACUGCAAGGACGCUGAUGGUAAGAAGUUCACAAUCCCAUCAGACUCAGACGAUAUCAUAGUCGUGAAGUCGUUGAUCGAGGAUGUGUUGCGGGAGAAAUGGAUCUUAGAUGAUCUUCACAUUGCUGCAGCUUUGCUGGACCCGCGAAAGAAGGACGAGCUGGAUCGUUUCGGAUGCAGCAGUGUAGCAGAUGAUGCAGCAGAUGGAGCAGUGCAGCAGCACAUCUGCUGCAGUAGUGAGGGGCAGUUAGGGGCAGUUAGGGGAGGGUGGGUAACAGGUGCGGGCGGUUACAGACAGGUGCAUACAAUUGUGGGUGCAUGGGGUUGCGGGUCUGACUUUUCGAAGCCAGUCAUGCAGAGGGGCGGGAGGGACACACGGCCACGCCAGGGACUCCAGAGGAUAGCAGGAGGGGGCGAGCAGCAUGGGCUGCCUAGGAGGGAGCCUACGCCUGAGUUCGAUGACGACAACAUUGAGCUCUUCCUGGACGUAUAUCUGGAUCAUGCGACACAGAGAGGGUGGUCAGUGGCGGAGAGGAUCUACCACUUGAGGGGUGUAGGGCGGUUCGAGGAGCCUGUCGCUCAGAUAUGUGAGGAGGCCCUGACUUGGCCAGACGUGGAGGCCGGGAUGCAGAGGUUGAGAGCUUCCCCCAGAGGGCGUGAUGGCAUGCCCAUUCGAUUGGAGGAGGGGAACGCGGAUGAGUUCAUCCCCGCAGUUGAGAGGCGAUGGCGAAGCAAGAGGCCAAGGGAACCGGCACCGAGAGAGGCGAGGCUGGCCAGAGAGAGGAGGGGAGCCCCUGCCCAGCGGGAGGAUGAACCCGUAGGGCCCGCAUUGGCAGAGGAGUCGCUCCCUGCUUGUGGCCUCCGGGCGGUGGAGUUUCGGCGGAUUACGAGCGAGGAGUUGAGACCGCCCUCGCCAUUGCAAUCAGCGCAGGAACUGGAUAUACCGAGAGAGACGCCAUUCCGAAGCUUAGCGACUCAUCUGGAUGCAUCUCGAUGGGAGGCCUCACGAUUGGGGGAGGGCUUAGUUGAGCCGACGUACUAUGUGCCAUUGGAGGAACCCUUGGACACCGAGACGGAGACAGACAUGCGGGGCCAAGAGGAGCCACAGGAUCCUGAGAUGGCAGCCGAGCGGCCGGAUCCGGUACGGCCUCAGGAAGGGGAGGUGAUCACGGUUGGGGACGAUACCCCUCCAUGCUCCCCAGCUCCAGAGCCAGCACAGCGUUCAUGGCCAGAGGGGAUUCCUGAACCGGGCAGCGAGGAGAUUUCGGAGUCUCCCCCUGAGGCCAGCACUAUGCGUGAGCAGGAGGCAGAGGCGGAGAAUCAGGGAGUGUGUGAGAGAGCGAGGAUGGAGGCGCCCCUUGACUUGCCCUCGGCCACGCAUGUGACCAAGAGCCCGGUUAUCGAGGAUCCCGUUCCAGCAGAGUUACCGCUAGUAGUGCCAUGCGCGAGCGAAGGGAUGGAGGGGGAGGCGUCGACUCCAGGGGGCCAGGGGCCGCAAGUGAGAAGAACCCCGAGAGAAACCCGCGAAGAGAAGUCCGCCCGAGUGCGGAUCCGUCUGGAUGAAAUACAUGCAAGGCAGGCUGAGAUGGAGGCAGCGGGAAUAGAGUCGACACCGCCGGUCGAGCCCAAGUCGAGCGAGCACGACGAAUUGUGGACUAGGUAUGAGAGCCAGAGGGAUGCAGCCCGCCAGAGGCCACGAGAGGCAGGACCGACAGGCGAGGGGACGAGUGAGUUGAGGGAGAUGGGAGACGUGGGAUUCUCUGCGACCAGGAUGGCGAUCGAGCGCAUGGAUCGGAGGAUAUGUGAGAUGGCAGUUACGUCCUUCCAGUGGUAUAACCUACUCAGCAACGAGCUCAGGGUCAAAGAGUUGGAGGUAGAGCACCUGACUACUCGGCUUGCCGAGGAAAAGGCGAGGAGCCAGGCCAGAGAGGUUGAGUGGGAGAGGAGAUUUGGGGAGAUGGCAGCCGUUGUGGGUAGGCUCUCGGCGGCCUGGGAGGCUAGUCAGGCGGGACGAGCCGGUGCCGAUGGCCAGGGCCGAGGGAUGCGCGCUUCGCCGAGCCAGGGAGCAGCGGUGGAGGUCCCUCAGCAGGCUGAGCCCGUGGAGGAGGUGCCCUUGGACACGGCCAGAGAGGAGGGUGGCGCACAAGAGUCACUUAUGGCUAUGUCCACGGAGAGGAGAGGGUCGAGUUUGCAUGAGUUGGCGGCAGCCAUGGGGAUAGGCACGCCACAGGAGGGGCCUCAGAGACUCGAUGCUCCAGAACAUGCCCCGAGGUUGGGAGAGUUGAGGGCGGAGCUGGGCUCCUGGGCCACGGGGACGAGCUUAGGAGGGCUUGACUUGCGGCAACAGCAGCGGCAGGAGGUCAUGAGUGAGCUCACCGCCAUGGGGGGCUCUCAGCCGUCAGGAGCAUGUGGGGAUGAGGUGGUGGUGACAGAGGGGCCUCAUGAGGAGGGCAGCGGCAGGAGGUCAUGAGUGAG